AUUCUAUUACUUCAAUUUGAAAAGUGGCCUAGGCUUUUUAUGACCAAGAGCAGGCCGAUUUUCUCAGUUCAUCAUUCUAAAGGUCCGGGGACAUUCCUAUGCCCUGGUAAUGACUGCUUUUGAGCUCUAAUUUGGCCUCCCACAAACCUUCGUGACCUGGCAACGCUGACUGGUGGUGUUUUUGGGAGAACUGCCUGUUAGACUGACAGCUGCACACACAGACAGACGAGAUAGACAAGACAGACGCACAAAGGGCUGGCUUCCUUCCUUCCUUAAUUCCUUGUUUCCUUUCCAGUCAAGUCCAUCCAAAAGUGUGGUCCACAAGGCUGAGAAGGCCAGUCAAUGAGGAAGAGCGUGAUCAAUCCCACGGACACGGUUCAAGUCGCCACCCACCGAAGUACACGAAGAUCCGAUUGAUCUGGAUGAGAGUGGGCGGCCAAUUGGAUCUAUAUGGGAUUGGGAUCGAUUGAGUGGCUCCAAACCAACGCCCCUCAAUCGACCAUGUGACCGGGAUUGAGGGUGAUGUGGGUGGAUUCAGACUCAGCCGGUUGAAUGGUGGCCACGGUCAGCCUCGCGCUCAGCCACUCCAACAUGGACGAUCCUGCCGCCUCAUUAGCCACAUCGGCCUCGGUUUUGCUCCCAUCCAUCGCCUCAAGAGGGGCGGGAGUGGGCGUGGGCUCCUCCUCCAGCCCGUUUCCGCCCAUUCAGAUUCGCUCGUCUUGCCUGAGUUCUCAACGUCGACUGGACCACAUCAAGGAACUGGCUUUGAUGGUGAUGCCAGAGGGCAAGUCCGGUCAAUCUGAGGUGGGUAACACAUUCAGCCUGUCCUGGCAUCUGACGGCUGAAGAUGCCCCGUUUUGGAGUUCAUCUGCGGCAUCCUUAUCGAAAGCGGGGUACAUUAUGUGGAGUGGCGUGAUCAUGCCCGCCCCUUUCAAUAACUUAAGAGGCGGCCUGGUGAAAAUCUGGCUUCACCCGCCCAAUUCAAACUCACCUCAGUGCCUCCAAUCCCUAAUCAUCGUCUUGGCUAGUCUCACGGAAGUGAACUUUGUUCCAUCGCGGGGCCGUUUGGUCCUUUUCUUAACGGGUGGUUCAGGCACGCUCUCGACCCAUUUGCCCUCGUGGCAUAAUGGCCAUCGCCAAGUUCUGGUUCCUCGCGUUGGGACCGGGGCUAGUCUGUCUUCAUCGUAUGACACGCGAUUACUUGCGCGAAUACAACGCAUUCGUCGAGCCGUGGAUCAACAGGAGCUGCAGAAUCGUCAUAGUUGUCAAUCCUUGUGGGGAGCAGUCCAAUCCGGACCCGAACCGGAAAACAUGUCAUUGAGCCGUCAAAUCCUAGCCAUGAGCAAGAAAAAGAGCUCGACGCGACAUCGCGAGCGAGAACUGCGUCGCCGACUAGAAGACCUUCAAGUGACUUUAACUAUCCUACAAGACCAGCACGAUCGAGCAUUGCACCGUUGGCAGGGAGUUACGGCUCGAGCUAGCCAACUCCGGGUGACCAACGAUGACUAUUCUCAAUCACUCACGGUUCGAGUUUACGAUUUUUCCAAAACCAAGUCGUCACUCUCGAGUGAGUUGGUAACUUUGACGGAAGCUCGUGAGCGAUUAAGUCAUUGCAGCCAAGCUGUUGGAACGCUCCAAUCGAACAUGAUGCGAGGAUUCCUUCACAUUUACCCGAUCAACCCGGCGGAUAUGACGAUCCGUUGGAUCAAGUUUUGCACGUUGGAGGAUGCCAAGGCCUUAAGUUCGCGUGAGACGUCGAUGUCCGUGCUGAAUGGGUGGAUGGCCCACAUUCUGACGGUCUUGUUCAAGCUCCAGGACGUACCCAUGAAGUUCCCCUUAAGGCCGUUCGGCUCUUGGGGACGAAUUCAAGAUCCGGGCGAUGGGCACGUGUAUCCCUUGUUUUUGAAAGGCUCGGACCCGGCCCAAGUCCAACACGGUUUGAAGCUUUUAAACCGAAAUAUAGUCCAGUUAAUGCGACAUGCCAAACUUCCGAUCAAGUCGGGGGAGAAAACUGUGAUAAAUCUACUAGCCAUCCUUCAGGGAGGAGAAUUGAAUUGUAUUCCCCACAACUCGUCAUAAGCAAUUCCAAAUUUAUUUGAUCCCUGUUCAGAUAACUUAUAUAUCACGCUAAUUAUGAUUUAAUUUAGCGUCAAUAAAACACAAAAUAUUUCA